AUGAAAGGGACCCUGCCACUUCAGGGAGUCGGGGGAAGAAGUACAGAGGAGGUGGCACUUAAUGUGGGUGAGCUUUUCCCUUGGGAACAAGCUCGGAAGGAUGUUUUAAGCUGUGGAUAUAACGCGGGCAAAGGCAGCGGGACAAAAGCAGGGGUGUGGGAGAAGAACGGUGCGGCUGCAGGGACUGUCCGUCCUCAGGAGAUUGGAGGCAAGUGCCUUUACCUGCUGGGCCAAGGUGUCGGCCCCCAGCAGAUAGUCAAAGCUGAGGGUGGAGAGUAUAGGAGGAAGGAAGUGGAGGAAGAAAACUCACCAGAAGCGGCUGUGGCGGUCCUGCCGGGAGGAGAAGCCAGAGACCUCCCUGGAGCCCUUCAGACUCCGAGGAGGAUGGCUGACAGAGAAUGCCCACUCGAGGUCCUGAGAGAGCAGCAUCCCCUGCAGUACAGGUGGGGUCUGUGGUUCUUCAGAAAUGACCGAAGCCGGGCCUGGCAGGACAACCUGCAGCUAGUCACCAAGUUGAACACUGUGGAGGACUUCUGGGCGACGUACAGCCACAUCAAGUUGGCCAGUAAGCUCUCCUCUGGCUGUGACUACGCUCUGUUCAAGGAUGGCAUCCAGCCCAUGUGGGAGGACAACAGGAACAAGCGGGGUGGCCGCUGGCUGCUCAGUCUUGCCAAACAACAGCGCCACAUUGAACUGGACCGUCUGUGGCUGGAGACGUUGCUGUGUCUGCUUGGGGAGAGUUUUGAGGAGCAUGGCAAGGAGGUGUGUGGGGCUGUGGUCAACAUCCGCGCCAAGGGAGACAAGAUCGCCGUGUGGACAAGUGAGGCCGAGAACCAGGCGGGAGUGAUGCACAUCGGGCAUGUGUACAAGGAGCGUCUGGGCCUCUCUACGAAGACUAUCAUUGGGUACCAGGCCCACACAGACACUGCUGCUAAGAGCAAUUCCUUAGCCAAGAACAAGUUUGUGGUGUGA